GAGAGAGAGAGAGGGUGUCCCGUCUACACGGAGCACAGACAGACAGCAGGGAACAGCUGCAUCGUGAGGCUCGCGUUAUAGCAUUUCACUCCACUGCGAUUGAAACCUAUCAAUAUUUUCAUCCACUCAAAAAAGAAAAUACAUUUAAAAAAAAAAAAAUUUUUUUUGGUAGAAUCAGCUCGGGAGAGGUGAAGAAAAAAAACCACCACCACCCCCCACCCCUCCCCAAAAAAACCUCCUCUUCAUCCAAAAAUCAUGGUCGACCGCGAGCAGCUGGUGCAGAAAGCCAGGCUGGCUGAGCAGGCGGAGAGGUACGACGACAUGGCGGCAGCUAUGAAGUCGGUAACGGAGCUGAACGAGGCUCUGUCGAACGAGGAGAGGAACCUCCUGUCUGUGGCGUACAAGAACGUGGUGGGUGCCCGCCGCUCCUCCUGGAGGGUGAUCUCCAGCAUCGAGCAGAAGACCUCGACCGACGGCAACGAGAAGAAGAUUGAGAUGGUCAGGGCCUACAGGGAGAAGAUUGAGAAGGAGCUGGAGGCCGUGUGCCAGGAUGUGCUCAACCUCCUGGACAACUUCCUGAUCAAGAACUGCAGCGAGACGCAGCACGAGAGCAAGGUCUUCUACCUGAAGAUGAAGGGCGACUACUACCGGUACCUGGCCGAGGUGGCCACGGGCGAGAAGAGAACCACGGUGGUGGAGUCGUCGGAGAAGGCCUACAACGAGGCCCACGAAAUCAGCAAGGAGCACAUGCAGCCCACGCACCCCAUCCGCCUGGGCCUGGCUCUCAACUACUCUGUGUUUUACUACGAGAUCCAGAACGCGCCGGAGCAGGCCUGUCACCUGGCCAAGACCGCCUUCGACGACGCCAUCGCUGAGCUGGACACCCUGAACGAGGACUCCUACAAAGACUCCACUCUCAUCAUGCAGCUGCUCCGAGACAACUUGACACUGUGGACAAGUGACCAGCAGGAUGACGAGGGCGGGGAGGGCAACAAUUAAAAGAGAAACCCACGCCUCGCCCAAAAGAAAAUAUGUGAAGGGGCCGGUGGACUUUUGGCAGCCGCUUUUGCCGAUGAUACUACCGCAAGCAGCAGUUCUUUAUUUUUCCAUGUGUUAAAAGAAAAGAAUCAAAAGAGAGGAGAGAGUGGAGGUUAAAUCUUAGUUUAAAUACAUAUAUAUAGAAAUAUAUAUACGGUUGAAAGGGGGGCCUCCGUCUUCUUGAUUUUCUCUUUGACAUUUGCCAAAAAAAACCACUGAAGUGUCAGUCAAUCGAGCCUGAAAGUGGUUGUUGUUGGAUUGGAAUGGCAGGCGGCCUCGCAUUGGCAUAGGAACUGGUCUUGUUCUGUCAAGAUAAGCUGCUUAGGUAGGGUUUUUUUUGCGUGAUAGGAGAUGCAUUUGAAGUCGCUCGAAAGAGAGAGAGAGAAAAGGCUUGAAUGGGAAUGUCUCACCAAACUAGUUUGCAUUGGUUCCAGCCGUAGACGGUAGACUGUACGAGAAAGGUGACGGAUGUUUCCACCCUUAAACCCCAAAAAUGACAACCAAAAAAAACCAAAAUAAAAAAAAAUUAAAGGGUAAAUUUCAUGGGCGACAAAAAAACCUUCCCUUCGUUUGUGUCUAAAGUGAAUUUGGCUUUCUCACAGAUUAGUCUUGUUUUGUCACUGGAACCAUAGAUUCUUUUGGAGGUGAUGAUUAUAGGGAGAGAGAGAGACUUAUAAAACGAUAUAUAAGAUAUAUAAAACAAAAAUGACGACGACAAAAAAAAAAAAAAAAAAAAUACAAAUAAAAGCAGCAGCUUCUGAGUUUGUGGUUUACUUCUGUGUUUGUUUAUUCAAUGCACUUGCCUACUAUACUGUUUCUUCAGUGUAAGAUGAUGAUGAUGAUGAUGACAACAAUAAUAAUAUCGACGAUUCAAUAUUGUGCAUGCCUGGUGAUGUAUUUAUAUACAAGUAGCUUGACUUUAUUAUUAACUUAUACUGUGGGUGUUAAUACGUAUUCAUAUGAUUGAGAAAAAACAUUUCGAAUUUAUUUUCGUUUUGUUAUUAUAUGGGGGUUUCUUCUUCUUUUUUUUCUCUUUUGUUUUGGAUUCGCUAUACCAAAAUGGUGAUGAUCGUAAACAUUGAGCUGUAAAAUGGGCGCUGCUAUAGUGACAUGCAAAUAAAUAUGUGUAUUUAAUUUGUUAAUGAAAGAAGAAGAAAAAAAAAGUAAAGGGAAAUAAAUAAAAGCCCACCAGUGCUCACUUCAUCUUACAGCUGGUGUUUGUCACGAUGACGUAUGAUGAUGAUGCUAUAUUUUCCUGACGUUUUCCCGGGCUGUUAUGAUUCACAGACAUGGACCAUAGUUUUUUGUUUUUAUACCUUUUAGCUGUUCCUGAGUUACAAAGAAAAAAAAAAAAAUAUAUAUAUAUAUAUAUCUUGAAUGUGAGUCAUUAUGUAGCAGUUGCACAAGAAACCGAAUUAAUAGCUAUGAUAAUAAUAAUAAAAAAGAAUAUGACUAAAUUA